UUUCUUUCUUAUAAGAGCCUACUUUUUACUCUCAAUAAGAAGUCUCAGAAAUAUAUUACAGCCUCUUCCUCUUUCUCGCUCUCUCUCUGUUCCUCUCACUGAUUAUGUAAACCACCACCAAAUCUUUGCUUAGCUCACUUCCAUAAACUCUCAAGUACGUUAAUGGCUCUGUUUUCUCUGUUUUCUUUGGUCCUCAUUGCUCUGCUUCCAAGCCUCUGUUUUGCUGCUGACCCCUAUGCCUUUUAUGACCUUCGUGUCUCUUAUAUCACUGCCUCCCCUCUCGGCGUUCCUCAACAGGUUAUAGCAAUUAAUGAGAAGUUUCCGGGCCCUGUAAUCAAUUCUACUACUAAUUACAAUGUUGUUGUCAAUGUAUGGAAUGAUUUGGAUGAAGAUCUCCUAAUAACCUGGCCUGGAAUUCAAAUGCGGCGUAAUUCAUGGCAGGAUGGUCUUCUUGGCACAAAUUGUCCAAUUCACCCGAAAAGGAAUUGGACUUAUCAGUUUCAAGUCAAGGAUCAAAUUGGAAGCUUUUUCUACUUCCCCUCUCUCAAUUUCCAGAGAGCAUCCGGUGGCUUUGGUCCUUUCAUUAUUAAUAAUCGGGAUAUAAUCGCCAUUCCUUUUGCAGAGCCAGAUGGGGAUAUCAUCAUUAUGAUUGGUGACUGGUAUACCCGGAAUCAUGUGGUACUGCGGUCGGCCCUUGAUGCUGGAAACGACCUUGGAAUGCCUGAUGGAGUUCUCAUCAAUGGGAAGGGACCUUACCGAUAUAACACCACGCUUGUACCUGAUGGCAUCCAGUAUGAAUCCAUUCAAGUCGAUCCAGGAAAAACAUAUCGAGUUCGUGUGCACAAUGUCGGAAUUUCAACUUGUUUGAACUUUAGAAUUCAAAACCAUUUUCUGAAUCUAGCAGAAACAGAAGGAUUUUAUACAGUACAACAAAAUUUUACAGACUUAGAUAUUCAUGUUGGGCAAUCUUACUCAUUUUUGGUCACAAUGGAUCAGAAUGCAAGUUCUGAUUACUACAUUGUCGCAAGUGCUAGGUUUGUGAAUGAAUCACUUUGGCAGAGAGUGACUGGAGUUGCCGUUUUACACUAUUCCAACUCUAAAGGACCAGCAACUGGUCCUCUGCCUGACCCACCAAAUGACUUUUAUGACAAAUCAAGGCCAAUAAACCAGGCAUUAAGCAUCAGGCAAAAUGUAUCUGCAAGUGGAGCUCGCCCUAAUCCACAAGGGUCUUUUCACUACGGUUCGAUUAAUGUGACGGAAACAUACGUGAUAAAGACUGUGCCGCCAGUAUUGAUCAAUGGGACACUUCGAGCUACACUCAAUGGGAUCUCAUUUGUCAAACCUGCUACACCAAUCAGGCUUGCUGACCAGUAUAAAGUGAAGGGAGAAUAUAAGCUUGAUUUCCCUGAUAAGCCACUUAACCGAACCCCCCGGCUGGACAGAUCAGUUAUUAAUGCUACAUAUAAGGGAUUCAUAGAAGUCAUAUUUCAAAACAAUGACACCGUGGUGCAGAGUUUUCAUAUGGAGGGCUAUUCAUUUUUUAUGGUUGCGAUGGACUUUGGUGAGUGGACAGAAGAAAGCAGAAAUAGAUAUAAUAAGUGGGAUGCAAUUGCUCGCAGCACUACGCAGGUUUUCCCUGGGGCAUGGACAGCGGUCCUCGCCUCUCUUGACAAUGCUGGAGCAUGGAACAUUAGAACAGAAAAUCUUGAUAGAUGGUAUCUAGGCCAAGAAACCUAUAUGAGAAUAGUCAAUCCUGAGGAAAAUGGUGAAACUGAGAUGGUUGCACCUGGGAAUGUCUUAUAUUGUGGUGCACUCCAGAACUUAUCGAAGGAGGCGAACAACUCUGCAGCAUCAGUCUUAAGGGGAAACUCAAAGCUGUAUUUCACUCUGCUGGUGGAAGUCUUUGCUCUGAUUUACACUUUUAGCUGAGCUUUGCUACUGAUUUGUGAGAAACAUUUAGUUUUAGGUUUGGAUACCGAGUUUUGUUGGUACAAUACUGUGGUCUAAAUGACAUCUGUUUUCAUUUUUUUUUUUUUACAUGUUGGGCCUUCACCCAUUUCUUGUAAUUUAUGUCACUGGGUAUCCAUCAUUCCUUAUGCGCCUUAAAGUUACAGUAAUUGUGAUUAAUUCAUUCUUAAUACCAUUUGACUUUUACA